CACAACUUCCAAUUUAUUACUCAGUUAAGCUCUCUUCUUCGAAUUGCAAGGAAGAAAAACCUGAAGAAAACUCUACCCUAUUUGUUUAAGGAUUAACCUGCACAUUUCUUCCCAAGAUUUUUCUUCAAAAUGAAGCCUUCUUUUGUAGUCUCUCUUCUGCUUUUAUCACUCAUCCUGGCAAAAACUCAAGGGAUUCGUCUGGGGAAAGUGUCUUCAGCAGUUCAGCAACAGAAACAACAUGAUGGAGAAACUACUUUGUUGAAAAGAAGUAACACUGGUGCUGAGGAAGCUUCUCUCUGCAAAGAGAACGAAUUAUGCACAGGAAACAUAAAGAAUAGGAAACUCGUUACCAUUCCCGUUUCUACAACCCAAUCCCUCUCCAAGAAUGUGGAAGAGUCCAAGGUUGACCCCUCGGUAAAUGGCAAUUCUAGAAAUGUGGAUACAUUGAGCACUUCGAAGCACAAAGAUGUCCCUGAGGAGCACUACCAUGACCUUGUAGAGAUAACUGAGAUGGACUAUUCUCCAGCAAAGAGAAAGCCUCCUAUACACAACUGAGUCUAGGGAUGAUCAACUAGAAAAAAAACUGACAAAGUUCCGUAUAUUAGGAUCAAUAAAAUAUAGACAGAGAUGUUGGACAGCAUUGCAGAAAAUGCUGCAGUUUUUUUGGCUUAGAAUAUGAUUUGUACAUUAUUAUCCUGUCACCUUUUAUUGAUUAUAAUAUAUAUUUUGAAAACA